AUGGUCACCGAUGCACCAUUGUCUCUCCUGGAAUUAUUAGUGCAUUGUUUAUUUGCUCUGCAAGACACAAACCAGGACGAACGCUCGUUCAUCUAUGGACCUCCGAAAAAUCGAUCUGCUCAACUAGCAAUCACUUGUACACGUGGAAACAUUGUCUUACACACUCCCGCGAUUCUCUACCAAACCCCGAUCGCAGCCAAACCAUCACCGGACAUGCAGCCUCACAACCGGCAGAUGAGGGCUGCUGACUGGACAUACAGGAAAUGUAGACUCGUCUUACACGUUGCUCCUCAAAGGAGAACAACAACGAAUCUACGCGACAAGGAAAUCCCACAUAGCAUUUUUCAAAGACGGAGCUUGCAAACCCGAGAGGAGUAG